AUGUUUGGUUCCAGCUUCGCACCCGACUAUUGGACGUUCUGCGCCCUGCGGUUCUUCAUGGGGGUGGCCACAGGCGGGCAGAUGAUUGUUGCCGUUGUGAUCGUGCUCGAGGUGGUCGGGGCUCGACAUCGAGAGCUUGCAGGUGCCUGUAUAUCAUUGCCCGACGGUAUCGCCGAAGCUUCCCUGGUCGCUUUCGCCAACUUCUCUCCGACCUGGAGGAUUUACCUGCUGUCCAUCAGCACGGUGUCAACUCUUUUGAUGCUUAUCCAGAUAUUGUUGCCGGAAUCCCCAAGAUGGCUUAUGUCGACGGGACAAGUUGAUAAGGCAAGGAUGAUUAUGACGAAGGCUGUUACGUGUAACAAUUUGAACACUGCUGCUGUAGAAGAAAAUAUUAACAGCAAAACUCCAACCGAUCCAAAGGAGAAACACAAUACUACGUAUUUAGAUCUGUUCAAGUCAAAGAAAAUAUCGAUUAGAACACUUGCAGUAAUUUUCAUAUGGAUCACCCACGGAAUGUGCUUCUUCGGUAUCAACCAGUACUGUACGUUUUUGGGCUCGAAUGUGUUUCUCUCUGUGAUAGUUAUGGGCUUGAUUCAGCUACCUGCAUGCUUCGUCGCAACAUGGCUGAACAAAGUUUAUGGAAGAAAAGCAACUAUGAUAAGCAAUUUAGGGAUUACUGGUCUAACUAUGUUACUGCUGAUUUUUACUAAGAAAGACAACUGGGCUGCUUUGACGUUGGGAAUCAUUGGACUAUGGGCAGUCAAUAUUACUUGUAACGUCGCUUACGUAUGGGUCUCAGAAUUGUUCCCUACUCAAUUAAGGAACAUGGCUUAUGGUAUGGGGUCUUCGGGAGCUAAGGUCGGAGCUAUGAUUGCGCCUUUCGUAGCAAAUCUCGGGCCUCAUUGGAUGCCAUCUUUAAUAUUCUCCAUAAUAUCAUUCUUAGGUAUAGGCGCUAGUUAUGUUUUGCCAGAGACUAAGGGGAAAAAUUUAGAAGACGAUAUUAGUCAUACAGAUUAACUGAAAUGUAAUCAGAUUCCUCAAAAGUAUAUUUAAUGUCUCAUAACUAAAUUUAAAUCACUAAUAAAAUAUUCUACUAUAAUCAAUGGAAUGACAAUAAAAUGUAAGAUCAAUAUUAACAAACUUCAAUAUAAGGGUAAAAAUAUAACCUACGACGGACGGACGGACGGGUGGACGACUGGUUUGGCCUAGUGGGUAGUGAUCCUGCUUACGAAGCCGAUGGUCUCGGGUUCAAAUCCUG